UGUCCUCUGUUCCAGACUGCGGGGGCUGGAGACUCAGUGACGAUGGUCAAUAAUGAGUCAAUCUGUUGAUCAAUCAGAAGGGUUCAUAUGGGAUGUGUGAGCAGUGAGAGUCUGUAUUCUGCACAGAGCGGCCAGAGAUGAAGCUCACACAUUCGUUCUUCUGCCUGUUUGUGGUUGUGUCCUCUGCCUUGUCAGAGGACGUAAUCGUGGACCCUAGAGGUGUUCGUCCUGUUCAACAUGGCUACAAGGCACAAGACACCUGUCAGACAAAAGAAUGGCCUAUGUGCACAGAUGAUGACUGGGGAAGCAGAUGUCCAUCCGGUUGCCGAGUUCAAGGCCUCAUGGACAAAGCUGACCACGAUAUUCACACGAAGAUUACGAAAAUUAGCAGUCUCCUGGACGAGGGCAAGAAACUUUAUCGCUCUGCUGAUCAAGUGUCCAAAACCACUUACAGUUACCUAAGAGAGCGACUGACCUCUUCCUCCGGUAAUGAUAACAGGUACGCCUCGCUGGCCGACCAGCUGAGACAGAGAAUUACUGAUAUCAAGAUUAAAAUUGACCGUCAACUCCGGUUACUGGACGCUCUGAAGUCGCAGGUCAAAGAUCAAGUUAUUGUAAUGCAGCGACUUGAGGUCGACAUUGACAUUAAACUACGCACAUGCAAGGGCUCUUGCGCCAGCUACAGUGAGUUCACGGUGGACAAGGAGAGCUACGUGACUCUGGACAAGCAAAUGGACCAUCUGAACACUAUCCGCGUACAGAGUGUGGAGACAGUCAGUUCCCUGGGAAUCAUGAAGAGCAGGCCGUUGAAGGACGUGGUGUUACCCUCCAUAUUUAAAAGUGGAACGGGUAAAGCUGAGCAGAAGCAGCUCCUCUUCGGAGACGUGGGUCAGAUGCAGCUUACUCUGGAAGCAGAAGGGUCCACUGCCGAAUCUGCCGCAACUGUUAGCAAGUUCCCCACAUCAGGUACGGGCUCAACUUCCUCCUCUACAUCACAUGCCUCCUCCUCUUCCACCUCCACCUCCACCUCCACCGUCAAGCAGUGCACCAAGUCAGUGCGCACAGUGGUAACACAUACCAAAGACGGCCCCGUGACGAAGACUGAGGUUUCGGCUAGUGGGCCUGGGUGUGAAGAUUUAGAAAAACUAGGAAUUUCUGAUUCAGAAUUUUUGACGGCAGCCAAAGACAGGAAAGAACUGAAGCGUGACGGUGUGAAAAUAACCGUGACUGGUGGGGAUGAAAAGUCCGUCACUUCUUUCACUCACGGCACCGAUGAUCUAGGUGGCUUCGGUGGAGACUUCUUCAAGAGGCAUGGCUCUGAUACCCAAGAGUUGUCCUCAUCCUCAUCCUCCACGAAAACAGUCGUGUCAGAUGGAAGCAAGAGUUACUCAAAGACCACCCUCUCUAGGGAACCAAUUUUUGGGGAUGACCUUGGGGCAUUUAUGCGUGGUGAUGUGGAAGAGGAUCUGCCCGACAUCCACGCACGAAGUUUGAAAUCGAAGGACGACCGCAAGGCUGGCCUUGUUGGUAGAGUGUGUACGGCCUUGAAAUCCAGUCGCAAACAACAUAAUCAUUAUGGUUACAGCAAAUUUGGACAGUGUCCAGCACGGCCAACAUAUCCUUUGUGCUCUGAUGAGGAGAGGGAAGAUAAAUGUCCAUCUGGGUGUCAACUGGAGGGUCUAAUUAAUGUGGCAGAUGAAGACAUUCGUAAACGACUGAGAAAUAUUUGUGAAAGGAUUCAACAAAAUCAGGACAUCACUUCAUCAGUAAUGCAAAAGAGUGUCCAGUUUUAUUGGUCACAAAGAAAAACUAUCAUCCAAACAUAUAUGCAGGAGCUCAGAUAUGCAGAGCUUGCUGAAGACCUUCAAAGAAAUCUAACAUUCCUGCACAAAAGGACUGCAGGACUUGCAAAAGAUUUACAGAAGCACCAUCGCAUGAUCUGGGAUCAGAUAAAUGAAAUCCGUCGAAUUGAGGUGGACAUUGACAUCAAAAUCCGUGCAUGCAAAGGAUCAUGCAAGCAAACCUUUGACCCUGCCGUUGAUAACGAAGCCUUCGAAGCUAUGGAGAACAAAAUGGCGCAGUUCAGCGUAAUCUCGAAGAGGCGGAAAUCAUUCUCUAAAGUCCAAAAACUAAAACUUCAGUCGGCUGAUCGGCCCACUGUGUCUCCCACUUACCGGAAAAUUCCCAUUGUACGCACUGAGCUCCUUACAAAGUUUGAAGACAUUGAGCAGCAUCAAAUGGUUUUAGAUGAACUCCUUGAAGAUUUUUAAUCAUAUUUAUGUCUAGAUUAGUAAUAUGAGGGAUUGUUUUUAUCUGACAGUGUAUGAUUUGGUAAUGUAUGAGCAGUAUUGGCAAAUACUGCACUUAUUUCUUGUGACUUAGUUUGUUAAAUAUUUGCUGCAUAUUUAUUUAAAGAUCACUGUUUAUUUUGUCAACAUCACCUGAACAGUUUCUUGUUUUUUAUUUUAUAUAUCUAACUUAUGUCCAAUAUUCCAGGUAUAGUGUUAGAAAAAUACAAAUAUUCUAUUUUUUGCAGCAGAAGAAAAAAAAAAAAGACUAAAAUGGCUGUGCCUUAGUUGCAGCUAAGAAGCAAAUGUGAAUGAAAUGUGAUAUGAGCAGAAUGUAUUAAAUGUAUUAAAUAUACCUCAGUAAAUUCUCACAACUGUGUAACGUUUUUGUAAGCCAUAUAAUGAGUAUCAUGACUUCUGCCCCAAUAAAACAACAUGUUUCAUAUGGCA